GCAAAAUGCGGGCCAUUCAAGAAUGGAAGCCGUCGACCAACCUCCGAGAGCUGCAAUCGUUUUUGGGGUUCAUCAAUUAUGUGUGCCGGCUUAUCCCCAACAUGGUGGGGUUAACAGGAGCCCUAACUGACCUACUUCAUAAGGGCGUUGAUUAUCAGUGGGGGGUGAAACAGCAAGCUGCAUUUGACAGAUUAAGAAAUGUUUUACUCUCGUCAACAGUACUUCGGAUUGUUGAUCCAGAACGCUCGUUCGAGGUCGUGACAGACGCAAGUGACAUCGCCAUCAGAGCAGUUCUGCUACCGGAUUUUGGCGACGGCAUUCAGCCAAUCGCGUACAACCGAAGAAACAGCGCGCCUAUUCAUCUCGGCUGUCGUUCGCCUGCAUGGUAUCCCUGUGGCGAUCAUCAGCGACAGAGACCCAAAAUUCACCUCGUGCUAUUAGCAAGACACGUGGAACCGAUAUGGCACCAGCCUACAAUUCUCAUCCACCUAUCACCCGCAAACCGAUGGUCAGACAGAACGGACAGAUCAGACCAUGGAACAGUUGAUUCACACGAACUGGCUGGAUACUCGCAAGUGGGAAGAUUCGCUACCGAUGCUCAAGUUUUACUACAACAACGCACCCUCCGCCAUAACCAAUCAUUUGCCAUUUUCCCUAAAUUACGGGAUGGAUCCGAUGAAACCCAUUUCCACCAACGCUGAAAGUCAAGUCCCUCAAUCGCAGCAGUUCG